GAGGAAGAGGAAGAGGAAGGGGGAAGAAUAAGGUCCAACAACGCGCUAUUAACAUGGUCCUGCAACGCCAGCAGCAGCAGCAGCUCCACUGAGAGCCAGGGGGGGAGAGACGGGGAAAAGUGCAUCGCUACUUGCGCCUAUUUAUCUGCUGCAUCUCCGUGCAAGCGUUUAUCUUGAAGUCCAGGCAAAUAAAAAAUAAUGCACCUUGUUUAAAGCAACGCUUAACGUCUACCACUGCACGGCGAGCAGCAUCAUUCAGCAAGAAUACAAACACAGACGAUCUGAAAGGGGGUUUCCUCCUCUCACACACACCUCGUGUGUACAUAAAAGAAAAAAAGGUGCGAGAAGUCUGGGAAGAAGGCGUGCUGGAGACCAGCAAGAAGUCGGAUACUAUUAGUAAUGCCCAUGUCUCUGGUGCAAGCCUGCCGCAGUCUGGCUCUCUCAACAUGGCUGCUUUCUUUCUGCUUCGUGCAUUUGUUGUGCCUGGACUUCACGGUGGCGGAGAAGGAGGAAUGGUACACGGCUUUCGUCAACAUCACGUACGUGGAACCGGCCACCUCGGAGUGGAGGUCGGAGAAGAGCGAGUGCGGCCGCUACGGACAGCAUUCGCUCAAGCAGGACGCCAGGGGGUUGCUGGCUCUGCCCUCUCACCAUGACAAGCUGGCGUGUGACCCUCAGGCCAAGUUUCAGGUGCCCGCCGCUGCUGCCACCAGGGGCUGGAUCGCAGUCAUACCCAAGGGGAACUGCACUUACAAGGAAAAAAUCUGGCACGCUGUCAGGCAGAAUGCAUCCGCUGUGGUCAUUUACAACUUGGGGGCUAGCAACGUCAAUGAGACUAUCACGAUGCCUCAUGGAGGUACAGGAGAAAUUGUUGCCAUUAUGAUUCCUGAGUUAAAAGGACGCGAGAUUAUGAGCCUACUUGAAAGGAAUAUCACCAUUAUGAUGCACAUAACAAUUGGAACACGUAAUUUACAAAAAUAUGUUAGCCGUACCUCAGUUGUAUUUGUGUCGAUAUCAUUUAUUGUACUGAUGAUCAUUUCGCUGGCCUGGUUGGUCUUCUACUAUAUCCAGAGGUUCAGAUAUGCAAAUGCUCGAGACCGGAAUCAGCGUCGUCUUGGAGAUGCUGCUAAAAAAGCCAUUGGUAAACUUCAAAUUAGAACAAUCAAGAAAGGCGAUAAGGAAACAGAGUCAGACUUCGAUAAUUGUGCUGUUUGCAUUGAAGGCUAUAAGCCAAAUGACGUAGUGCGAAUUUUACCAUGCCGGCAUCUUUUCCAUAGGACAUGUGUGGAUCCAUGGCUGCUAGAUCACCGCACCUGUCCAAUGUGCAAAAUGAACAUUCUGAAAGCACUUGGAAUUCCGCCAAAUGCAGAUUGUGCAGACGAUGUAACAACUGAUUUUGAAGGAUCCAUAGGAGGGCCACCAACUAAUCAGAUUACAGGCGCAAGUGACGUGACAGUAAAUGAGAGUUCGGUGGGGUUUGAGCCUCCUGCUCGAAAUGUUGGACUUUCACAGACAAUUCAAGACAAUGAAGCUCUUCAGCAAGUUGAUGAGAUUAAUGUUACUGCUAGCAACAAUGAUGAAGGACCAAUUGUGAGUAGUGAUUCAGACACCUCACUGAUUCUGGCUGUUGAAGUUGGACUUUCUGACAUAGAACUCUCUACUGAACAUGACUGUGAGGAAGUGAAAUCCUGAGAAGCAUUUAAUGAUGUGGUUCUGGCAAGCCCACAGAUUGACUGCAACAAAUAUCCAGUACAUUCAAACAAGAAUGAUUGUGAGAGCAAUAGCGACAAUCGUUUAUUUCUCCUUAGACACUGUAUAGCAUUUGAUGUCUUCACAAAGAACCUGCAAGCUUAUCACUUGCCUUAUUCCUACAUUUACAAGCUGGUAACAUGGUUCAGUGGCUGAGCUAAGAAGAAAUAACAGUUGUGUUUUUUUUUAUUUUGUAUUUUCAAUGAUGGUCAACAAUUUAUCUGUGUUUUACAUUUUAUUUUUGUGACUGACUCCUGCUUUUCCAGAGUUUGAUCCUAUGAGGAUUAAGGGUUCCUGAAAUCACUGCCUCAACACUAAAACAUUCAGUCGGUGCUUUUUAAGUUGUGAACUGAAUUUUAAACUUGAUUCCAAGUUCUGCAGUCUUGUGAAUGACUAGCUUUUUUGGUGGGCAACAUUAAGUAAAGUUUUUUUUUGCGCAAUGUUUAUGGGGAAAAAAAGCAGCUUUGUAGAUGCAGAAAAAAAGAAAUUCAUUUGCCAUUUCUUAAUGUGUUUUUGGCCAUUAAAAGCUAAUAAUAUUGUACAGAGAUGUUGUCCAUAAGCAAUAUGUUCUGCUGGAGAUUGAGACGGGAUGAAUGUUCUACUAAGAGCCCACUUGCUUUUUAUGAAUUCAUAGUAGAUUGGGAUUUGUGAAUAUUUUUGUGCCUGGUUGACACUUGACAGUCCCCACAAGUCUGUGACAUUAUGGCCAUUAACAAAGUAGCUGAGUAAAUGGCCAAAUAGGUUAGACCACCAGCUUUGUACCCAGAAUGGCUUUUAAGAGUUAGAAAUCAAAAUUAAUUUUAGUGUUACAACAUACUUUACACCUACUGACCUCUGCCAAAAACGAAUUUACAGAAUAUAUUGCUGUACUUCAAAAUAAUUUCUAGUAUUUCAAGUACUUUGAAUUUGUUGCUUAUCAUCUAUCGUAAUAAUAGGUUUUUGUACAUUGAAAACAAGUGAAAAUGUAUUAAAAUUACAGAUCGUUAUACUGUCUGAAUAAAUGACUUUUCAAGUCAUGCAAUUC